AUGUCUAGCCAGUCUUCUUCUUCCCAGCUUUGGAGGUUAGCAAGACGCUACAGAGAAGUCAUUGGGGUGUUCAAUAAACUACAAAGAGAGCAUGUAGGCGUCACUGCUGGUACUGGUAAUGUAGGUUCCACGAAUAAGAAAUCUGUUCGUGUUAAUACAGUACGUAAAUCUACUGCUCCUAUUGGUCUUCCCCUGCUUCAGAUUGUUACUAAUCUGCAUAAGUUGUUCCCAUUAUCUUUCGCAGAGUCUCUUAAAGAUUAUAAACAAUACAAUAUCAAUAAAGAACAAUUCCAAGAGGAUUUAUUAUCAGUGUUACCGUACUAUCCUGAGCCAUCUGCGAGGUUUUCUUCCAAAAUCAUCAAGACUCCUAUAGAUGCUGCUGGUAAUUACAUUAACGAAUUUCAAAUCACACCGAUACGGCCAGAAAGUGAUGGAAAACCAUUGAAACAUAUAAUCUUGGUUCAUGGGUAUGGUGCUGGUUUAGGUUUUUACUUGAAAAACUUUAAUGCGUUGCUAUCAGAAAACGUGGUGGUACAUGCCAUCGAUUUACCUGGUUAUGGCUUCUCUUCGCGACCAAUGUUCCCAUUCCAUUAUCCAAAGGAUUCGUAUCUUGCGGUAGAAGACUACUUCCAUGAUGCCUUGCACAAAUGGUUCGAUAAAAAAGGACUUAUAUCAUGUUGGGAAAAUAAUUACGUGAUUGCACAUUCGAUGGGUGCAUACAUAUUCUCGCUUUAUGCCAACAAGUAUAAACAUUUCAAAAAGUUAUUCAUGUGCUCUCCUGGAGGAAUUUCCAGGAACAAAGAUAUGCCCCCUCCUCCAUGGUGGUUUUUAAAGCUAUGGGAUCAAAAUAUUUCACCGUUCUCGUUGGUUCGAAAUGCUGGCCAUGUGGGCUCAAAAUUAGUUAGUGGGUGGACAGCUCGUAGAUUCGGUCUGCAUCAUCCAAACUUUGAUAAGUUGCACCAUUACACAUACGGUAUUUUCAACCAACCUGGAUCUGGAGAAUACAUGUUAUCUUUCAUGUUAGGUUGCGGUGGAUGGCCAAGAGUUCCUCUAGAGACAAGACUCUUUACUGAAGAGAACUUCAACAGCAGUCAUUUGGAUUGGGUGUGGUUGUACGGUGAUAGCGAUUGGAUGGAUAUCAAUGGUGCCAGGAGAAUAAAUGAUUUCUUGAGGAAAAAAUGCAUCAACACCAAGUUGGAGAUAGUUCCUAAUGCUGGUCAUCAUUUGUACUGGGAUAAUGAUUCUUUCUUCAAUAAUGUUUUGAGAAAGGAACUUGUUUGA